GCGGCGAGAUACGCAGCGGCCCAUAUGUGGGGCGGGAGACUCGGGGCCUUGCUUCUGGGAUGGGGUCGGCGACAGGCGGGGGCCCCCGGAAGGAGACUGCUAAGCAGCAAUGCUGCUGCGCAGGCAGGAAUCAGUGCGCCGCGUUGUUGGAAGUGCGGCGGCCCGGGGGGCCCUGAGCGGGGGGACGGGUUCUUCUGCCCGCAGUGCCGUGCGUUGCAACCACCUGACCCCACUCGAGAUUACUUCAGCCUCAUGGACUGCAACCGUUCCUUCAGAAUUGAUACCACAAAGCUCCAGCAUAGGUACCAGCAACUACAGCGUCUUGUCCACCCAGAUUUCUUCAGCAAGAGGUCUCAGACUGAAAAGGACCUAGCAGAGAAGCAUUCAACACUGGUGAAUGAUGCCUAUAAGACUCUUCUGGCCCCUCUGAGCAGGGGACUAUACCUACUAAAACUCCAUGGAAUAGAGAUUUCUGAAGGGACAGAUUAUAAAAUGGACAGCCAGUUCCUCAUUGGAAUAAUGGAAAUUAAUGAAAAACUCGAAGAAGCUCAAAAUGAAGCUGCCAUAAAAGAGAUUGAAUCUACUGUCAGAGCUAAACAGAAAGAAUUUACUGAAAAUGUGAACAGAGCUUUUGAACAAGAUGACUUUGAAAAAGCCAAGGAAAUUUUAACAAAGAUGAGAUAUUUUUCAAAUGUAGAAGAAAAGAUCAAGUUAAAGAAGACUCCCUUGUAAUUAACUGUUAAAGUAUUAAAGAUAAAGUCCUCCCCCACAAAAAAUAAAAUAAAAAAAAAUAAAAGUUCC